AUGAGGCACUCCCACCUCAUGGCCGCCAAGCUGACCGGCCCUCGCACUGGGCCUGGAGAGUCCAGGACCCCGAGCCUCCUUCUGCUCCUGUUUCUCCUGCCUCACACCCAGGCUGCAGCCACGGCCCACAGGCACCCUGCCAGUGAAGGGGUCGCCUUUAGCCGUGAUGUGGCUUGUGGCCAGCGUCAUAGGCAGGGGAGGAUCAUGGGAGGCGAGGAUACCCUUGAGGAAAAGUGGCCGUGGCAGGUCAGUGUGCACUAUGCAGGCUUCCACAUCUGUGGUGGGUCCAUCAUUGAUGAAUACUGGAUCCUGUCAGCCGCCCACUGCUUUGGCAGGAACAAGGUCAUUGAAGCAUUUGAUAUGUAUGUGGGCCUUGUGGACCUCAGGGUUGCAGGCAAUCACACCCAAUGGUUUGAGGUGAAUAAGGUGAUCAUACACCCCACAUAUGAAAUGUACCAUCCUGUUGGAGGCGACAUCGCUCUGGUGCAGCUGAAAACUCGCAUUGUGUUUUCCGACUCUGUGCUUCCCAUCUGUAUUGCACCCCCAGAUGUGACUCUUUCGAACCUUUCUUGCUGGGCUACAGGAUGGGGAUCCAUCUCCCAACAAGGAGACACUUCAGACAAGCUGCAGGAGGUGCAGCUGCCUCUGGUCCCAUUGCCCCUAUGCCAGCUGCUCUAUGGACACACAUCCUACAUUCUGCCGGACAUGCUGUGUGCCGGGGACCUCAGGAACAUGAAGACUGCUUGUGAGGGUGACUCUGGGGGCCCACUUGUCUGUGAAUUCAACAGCACCUGGAUGCAAAUUGGAGUAGUGAGCUGGGGGCGUGGUUGUACAUACCCUAUGUAUCCUGCAGUUUAUGCCCGAGUCUCCUUUUUCUCAGAAUGGAUUCGUUAUCACAUAGAAAACACACCCUUACCUCUUCAGCCACUCCCUACCCUCUCCUCCACUCUGGGGGCUGCCAUCAAUGUCCUUGUGACUUCACUGGCUGUCCUGUCAAUGUUGUAAGGACCACAGCCCUCAUCCAGCUUCUU